GGGCUCAGCGCCAGCAGCAAUCCACCUCCUGCAGACGCAGACGAGCGCCCCCGCAUGAGAUGCAGAUGGCUUGCACCUCGUGAGGGGUAUAAAGACUCGGCCCAAGCCCGUCCGCCCGUCUCCCUCGUCGCCCAGUUGCCGAGACCGGAUCUGGCCACCUGGCUGUCUGUCUGUCUGUCCCCAUAGCGCCCUCGCCCUUGCCGAAUCUCUGCCAAGAACCUCGUCCUCUGCCUGCUCCUUUCCCCACGCCACUUAGCUUUCUCAAGCACCCAAGUUCCAACAGCCGCGCCGUCGCUCAGAUCCCGGCCACUAUGAUCACCACCACCCAGACCAUCUCCUCGACCUACGGCGCCUCGUCGUCGUCCAUUCGCAGCUACUCCUCAGUCACCACGCUCGUGAGCCGCCCGCAUGCCACUGCCAAGGUUUCGCUCUCGCUCGACAGUCCCGACUAUGCAGACGAAGGCGUGGGUCGGAUAAAUUCGGCGAGCAAGCUGACGCAGCCGAGCGACGCCUGUUGCGAGUCCCGGAUACCCCACGCCCAGCCGCUCUCGCUGCUCCCGGGUUGGCUGGGCGGGUCGGGCCAUGCGCCAAAGCUCCGUCACUACUCCGAAGUCCCGCGGUACCUGCAAGACAACGACUUUAUUCACACCGGCUACCGCUCGGGCUACACCUACAAACAAAGCUGGGCCUCAUUCUUUCGCCUCCACAACGAAUCGGGCAAUGUUUGGACACACUCUGUAGCAUUUUGUAUAUUCUUCAGCUCCAUCUUUUUGAUGGCCACCAGCCAAAUCCACCCCGCCGCCACAGUCACCGACAAGAUCGUCAUCGGCCUCUUCUUGCUCUGCGGGAGCUGCACGUUUCUCUUUUCCUCUCUGUUUCAUCUCCACCUCUGCAUUUCCGAGUCGGCGUACGCUUUCUGGGGCUGCCUGGACUACUCGGGCAUCUCGGCCUUGGUGUGCGGCACCACAGCGACGGUGGCCUACUACCUGUUCUACUGCAACCCCGUCAUCCGGACGGCCUGGAUCGCGACCCUGGUCGUGGUCAACAUGGUCGGAGUCCUUGGUCCCCGCCUCAAGGUCUGGAGCACGUCGGCCUUCCGGGUUUACCGCACCCUGGUGUACAUCUCCUCGGGAGUCUUGAGCGGCGGCCCGGUCGUGCACUACUGCAUCCUGAACGGCAUCAACCUGAGCCUCUCGGACCUGAACGCGACAUGGUUCUAUGCUGGAUCGGUGGGGCUGUACCUUACCGGCGCAGUGUUCUAUGUCCUGAGGUUUCCUGAACGCGCUCUCCCGGGCAAGUUUGAUCUGCUCCUGCACAGCCAUCAGAUUUGGCAUGUCUUUGUGAUGACGGCUGCCUAUGUGUCGUUCCAGGGGCUCUUGCAUCUGAUGGAAUGGCGGCUCAACCAAGGCGUCUGCCCAGCCCGUUCAUAGCUCCUCCUGCGUACCUGACUCCCAUCCUGUAGUUCCUCCUGAUCAAUUCUCGGAGUGUGAAUAUGAUGCUGCUUUCCUUGAUUCAGGAAAAUACGGGACGCAUCGCCCCAUUUCCAUUUCGACAGCGCAGCCCUGGACAAGCCUGGAUCCAAUAGGCCAUUUGCUCUGUUGCGCAUCCUGCCCUGAUGCGGACUGGUCAGCGGAUC